GCAGCUCACACAACGAUCGACCGACGUUAGCCACUGGCGACGAUGACAACGACCACGAGUACACUUAGAGAAAUCAGAAACACAAGCACCACCACAACCACCUUUACUGUGCGAAAGAUGACGGGCCGACGCAUAUCGAAGAUGUCCAGCAUCCUGCUGCUCUGCGCCGCCUUGCUGCUGACCAAGUCCUGCGGCAUCCUGGCCCUCAGCGGGGAGGCCUCCCCCAAGGCCCAGUACGUGGGUCAGGCACAGCCCUGGAGUGACACCACCACCACAACCAUUCAGCCAAGUGAGGAUGGCAGCGGAUCCGGCUCAGGUGACUGGGAACUGACCACGGAGGCAGAAACCACUGGCUCGGGGAACGAGGAGACUACUGUUUCGGAUGAGGAGACUACUGUUUCGGAUGAGGAGACCACCAGUUCCGCUCAGGAGAGCUCUACUGAUGCUCCUGGCGAUGGAGAGACCACUACCACUGCUCCGGAAACCUCACCAGCUUCCGCAGAGACUUCACCCGCUUCCGAGGAAACUUCAUCCGCUCCCACAGAAUCUUCAUCCUCUUCCACAGAGACUACAAUCGCUCCCGCAGAGACUUCAUCUGUUCCCGCAGAGACUUCAUCUGUUCCCGCAGAGACUUCGUCUGUUCCCGCAGAGACUUCAUCUGUUCCCGCAGAGACUUCAUCCGCUCCCCAGGAACCAACCACCCUUGAACCAGAGAGCUCCAGUUCCUCCACCGCGGCAGAGACCACCAUUGCACCCACCCCGCCCACUUUUAAAUGCGAGACGGCUGGCCUCUUUCCCUACAUCGGUGGCGACUGCAGGCGUUACCACAACUGCUUGCUCAACCCCGUGCUGCUGCAGCUCCAGGAUAUCGAGUUGAUCUGCCCGGAACUGACCGUCUUCUCGCCCAGCUUGGGCAGAUGUGUGAGGGAUCUGGUGGAAUGCCAGGCGGACAGCUUCCAGUGCCCGGCCGUGGGCCGCUUUGCGGGACACGAUGACACCUACUACUACAACUGCGUGGCCAGCUUGCUGGGUGGCUUCCACAAGUUCAUCGUGCGCUGCUCCAGUGGCCAGAGAUUCGAGCCCCUGAUCGGAGGCUGCUGGCGCUACGACUGGACGCAGAUUGUGCCCGGCCAGGAGGCCACGGAGAUCAGCGAUCUGGCGGCCAUCAAGCGGGAACUGAAGCUCUACAAGGCCGAGGCAAAGCUGAAGCUAAAGGCCAAGAAGGAGCAAGAGAAGCUGGCCAAGAAGCAGCAGAAGCUAGAGGAGAAGGCCGCCAAGAAAGCAGCCAAGGAGCAGGCCAAGCAGCAGGCGAAGGCCGAGAAGGAAAAGGAGAAGCAGCAGGCCAAGGGCGAGUCCAUCGAGAGCGCCGAAUCCGCGGAGUAAAUAGCUCCAAGCUCCCAACUGCAGCUCUUCCAGUUAAAGAUUAACCCAUCCAUCUAUGUUGGUCCAUUGCUCUAGUCUAGUGAAAUGAUCUUUCCCUUUUUUUGUGCUUGCGGUAUAAAUAAUUAUUUAAAUGGAAAUAAUGGAACUAAUUUGUUUUGGAACUAUAUUAAUUUUUUAAAUCACCCUUUUCAAACAAAAGAUUUCCAAACUAAGUAGCUUUUAGGCUAAAAAUAUAAAAAAAUCUAAUAUUUGCGGAUUUUCAAUGAAACUUGGUCAAAGCGAUUAAUUAAAAACCAUUAAUUUUCCGCUCAUUAA